UUCACCAACCAUCAGUCAAAAGAUGCACAUAUAUAAAAAUAUAAAGGAGAUUGCUUCUUCUCCAAGGUGGUAAUCAAACAGAUCAAAAAGAGCACGAGUCGAGCUCGAGUACGUAGUUGUAAAAUAUUAAUGCGGAUCGUGUACGUGUGCGAAGAGGAGGAGAGGGAGUUAGGGAGAAAGGCAGCGCCGGGAAGCUGUCCAUGCUGCGGAGGGAAAGUGCAGGCUGUAGACAUUGAAGGGAAGGGCAGAUUCUGCUAUCUUCCCGUCUGCUUCAGGAUCAAGACCAAGUAUUUCUGCACUCUCUGUUCCAAACGUUUGGUCUUUUGCUCCCACAUCCAUCACUUGUAGUUAAUCACACGAGAUCCGAUUUGCUGGAAAGAAAACAAGAGCAACAGUGUCGGGCAGUGGUUGUCAGUUUAGAUCUAGUAAUACAUGAAAUUCAUCUACCAUUGAUUGAAGUAUACUUUGGAGAAAGGAAAAAAACACAAGUUAAUUGUUAACUUCAUUAAUUCUUGAAAUCCGCA